CGUUGUGACGUGUGGGCGGGGCCAGGCGGGACAGGCUCUCCCUUGGGUGCUUAGCCCCGCCCCCGUCCCACUCUGCCCUGUUGCUGUCGCGCCGCUGCUGGUUGCUGUCCCUGGACCCCUACCAUGGAGGAGACCAUCAAAGAUCCCCCCACAUCAGCUGUCUUGCUGGAUCACUGUCAUUUCUCUCAGGUCAUCUUUAACAGUGUGGAGAAGUUCUACACCCCUGGAGGGGACGUCACAUGUCAUUAUACCUUCACCCAGCAUUUCAUCCCUCGUCGAAAGGAUUGGAUUGGCAUCUUUAGAGUGGGGUGGAAGACAACCCGUGAGUAUUACACCUUCAUGUGGGUUACUUUGCCCAUUGACCUAAACAACAAAUCAGCUAAACAGCAGGAAGUCCAAUUCAAAGCUUACUACCUGCCCAAGGAUGAUGAGUAUUACCAGUUCUGCUAUGUGGAUGAGGAUGGUGUGGUCCGGGGAGCAAGUAUUCCUUUCCAAUUCCGUCCAGAAAAUGAGGAAGACAUCCUGGUUGUUACCACUCAGGGAGAGGUGGAAGAGAUUGAGCAGCACAACAAGGAGCUUUGCAAAGAAAACCAGGAGCUGAAGGACAGCUGUGUCAGCCUCCAGAAGCAGAACUCAGACAUGCAGGCUGAGCUCCAAAAGAAGCAGGAGGAGCUAGAAACCCUACAGAGCAUCAAUAAGAAGUUGGAACUGAAAGUGAAAGAACAGAAGGACUAUUGGGAGACAGAGCUGCUUCAACUGAAAGAACAAAACCAGAAGAUGUCCUCAGAAAAUGAGAAGAUGGGAAUCAGAGUGGAUCAGCUUCAGGCCCAGCUGUCAACUCAAGAGAAAGAAAUGGAGAAGCUUGUUCAGGGAGAUCAAGAUAAGACAGAGCAGUUAGAGCAGCUGAAAAAGGAAAAUGACCACCUCUUUCUCAGUUUAACUGAACAGAGGAAGGACCAGAAGAAGCUCGAGCAGACAGUGGAGCAAAUGAAGCAGAAUGAAACUACUGCAAUGAAGAAACAACAGGAAUUAAUGGAGCCUAGGAACAAGAAAGCGGCACUAACUGUGGAGGAGCAGUUAGCACAAGAGGUGGAACGCCUUAAGGCAAAGGUAGAGGCCAGGAAAGCCUAUUUCUUAGAGAAGUACAAAGAGUGUCAACGACUUCACAAACAGAUCAGCCAACUCGGGGCGGCUGCACUGGAUGAAAACUUUGACCUGUCAAAAAGACUGAGUGAGAACAAAAUUAUAUGUAAUGCUCUGCAGAGAGAGAAAGAGAGAUUGGAAGGAGAAAAUGAUCUUCUGAAGAGGGAGAACAGCAGAUUGCUCAGUUACAUGGGUCUGGAUUUUAAUUCUUUGCCGUAUCAAGUACCUACUUCAGAUGAAGGAGGCGCAGGACAAAAUCCAGGACUUGCCUAUGGAAACCCAUAUUCUGGUAUCCAAGAAAGUUCUUCCCCCAGCCCGCUCUCCAUCAAGAAAUGCCCUAUCUGCAAAGCAGAUGAUAUUUGUGAUCACACCUUGGAGCAACAGCAGAUGCAGCCCCUUUGUUUGAAUUGUCCAAUUUGUGACAAGAUCUUCCCAGCUACAGAGAAGCAGAUCUUUGAAGACCACGUGUUCUGCCACUCUCUCUGAGUGUCCCAACCUCUUGGAUGUAUACAAAGAUUUUAUAGAAUAGAACCUAUAGCUUCUACCAUGAGUUAUAUGAGUCAAGAUCCUGCCUAACCUGAAAUUACUAGGGAUUUACUCAGCCCUGCUGCCACUAACAGUGGAGUUAUGUCACUGAUCUGAAGGUCACUGUUAAGGGCUUCUGCUGCCAUCCUUGUGGGUUGCUACCUUUAAGUCGCAUAACUCUAGCUGUAUCAUCCUCUCACCUGUCAUUCUUCUGAGGGUCUCAGUACAAGGGCUCUGGGAUGGAGCCAACCUGGGUAUUCAAAACAGGCCUGACUUGAUACAAAGUGAUUAGUUUUCCAAGUUGUCCCAUUGCCAUUCAAAGUCAGCCCUUGAGUGUAUUUGUUCUCAGUCCUAACCCUGGGGCCAGAGAUUGGUCCGAGGUUGAGAAUUCCUUCCUCCUCAUCCUUGGUGUUGCUUUCUCCAAAUGAUUGUUUUAGACUAGCCAAAAAUGCCGUGGCAAAGAGCUCAGAAAUCCAAUUUGGAUACCAAAGGUUUGUCAUGUUAAUUUCUCAGCCCCCAAAGAAGCAUCUUACUCCUGAACCUUAGACAGGAAGUAUUGUUUUAGUCACAGAAAGCUUUUCUGGGUACCUCUGGUUAGCACUUUCUACUCUCUGAUAUUUCCUAUGUACAUAGCUUUUAUUGUUGUAAAUCCUUUCUUAAUGGUUAAAUAGGAUUGUUAGCAACUAUGGGUUUGCAGUUUUCUGAGUAGGUGAGUUUUGAAUAUGGGUAAAUCAGAAUAAUGAGACAACUUGUUAAUCUCUUUAAUACUAAAAAUAAAUUACUCUUCUAUUUCAGGGACUUAGGUAAUUUAAAAUAAACCUUCAAUUUAUGGUCUUCUAUUUUGAAGCUCAUGGGAAAAUUGUGAUCAGAAGGACUAUGGGAAGGGCAGACCCCGCCAAUGAUUUUUCACCUGUCUUAAGUAUUAAAUAAAAAAGAGUGUCCUGGCAGUUAUCUUGAGGUGGGGAAGGAGGUGAUGAAACAUUAGUUUGUGAAAUCCAAGGCCCUGGCUUUCUUUUUUUUUUUUUUUUGAAACAGUCUCGCUCUGUCACCCAGGCUGGCGUGCAAUGGCACAGUUGGCUCACUACAGCCUCUGCCUCCCAGGUUCAAGCGAUUCUCAUGCCUUAGCCUCCCAAGUAGCUGGGAUUACAGGUGUGUGCCACAAUGCCCAGCUAAUUUUUGUGUGUUUAGUAGAGACAGAGUUUCACUAUGUUGGCCAGGCUGGUCUCGAACUCCUGGCCUCACGUGAUCUGUCCACUUCAGCCCUCCAAAGUGCUGGGAUUACAAGUGUAAGCCACUGUGCCGGGCCCGAGGCCCUGACUUCUUGCUGUAACUUUCCAUGCAUUUUUUUUAAAAGGAGCAGUGUGGAUUUUGGCACCCUUUGUGAACUAAGUUCAAUGCACUCUAUCCAAAUUUGCCUAAUUGAACUAUAAGAAAGUAAUAAUUCCAUUUUCUAUCCCCUCAGGGACUGAACAAAUGGAAAUAACUCCCAGGCAGUAUCAGCUGGUCACUACAGAGACUUCCACAAAAACUUUUGAAUGAUGUGAAACACGAUGUCAUGAAUAAGGGUUGAGCCAACUAUAGCUCUGUGUUCCUACUGGGCUUUCCCUAAUGUGGUUGGGAGUUAUGCCCUAGACUAACUGUAUUGUCCUAGUCACAGCUCCUUGCUUUGAUUUCAUCCUUGAUAAAAUGAAGAUGAAACUUA